GACUUUCACCCGCCACACGACGGUGCUUUUUUUUCUUAAAGGAGAAGCGACAAUGUUUUUUUUUUUUUUUAAUCCCCAGCAAGUAUGAAACACCGAAAAAUGCGGUCGAUGUGAAAACGAGGAAACAGGUUUUUGGAAGGUACCUCCUCUCUAUCCGUUUCACUCUUGAAAAUAGAAGCUCGGGGAUACUAGACCGGCCAGACUGCGGGGCGUGUUGUGAGGAGGAGGAGGAGGGGGCGAGUGCGACGGCAAUAGGACGAGCGACUCUUCUAGUUUUAUUGCUGUCACUGCAGAGCAAAAAAUGUUCUGGAGUUCAAGAUAAAACGCGUGGGACAUUUACAAGCGCAUUUUCUGCAGGGCAACGGAGGACAUUUAAUUUGGCGCGCGGGAGGUAACUGUUAAAACGGCUCAGUUAUGCGAAGCGCGCGCCACGGCCAGAAUUCCGACAGCACACCCGCGCGCGCGUUCCCGGUGAACCUCGUACGCUGAUUGGUCUGGAGAGAACCAGCCCGGCUUGCUGCUGUCAUUGGCUGGCUUGGGAGAGAGGUGGGUGAGGUGUGUCUUUGCAUUUCUGUCCCGAUUGGGUGACACGGAGAGAUCUUGCAUCCUGUUUGAACUCCGAACUUGUUCUUGAUUGGCCAAAGUCCCACGCGAGGGGCGGGAGCUCCCGUACAGAGGCGGAGUGAACGGCGGGUGCUGCUGUCAGGACCAGGAGGGGGGGCCGCUGUUGGGGCCUCCUCUGCUAGCUGCUCUGAUGCCGGGGGCGCCCGAGCAGGCGGAGACCCAGGAGGAAGAGCCACAGCGGCAAGAGAGAGAAGAGGAACGGACUCCGCCUCCUAGCUCCCGCCGAAGAAAGGCCGAAUACCCGCGCCGGCGCCGCAGCAGUUCCGGCGCCCGGCAGAGCCAAGAGCCGGAAGAGUUGCCGCCUGCACCCGGAGUUGAGGCAGGAGCGCCGCCGUCAGCCACCGCGCCGCCUGGGACUACCGGUAGAAAGGGCACGCCACGCAGCUCGUGCUUGGAUAAAACAACAGUGAAAGAUCCCAAAGAAGAGACAGAAGAGAAGGAAGUCUCUACUACUGUUGCAGGUGGUGCCCCAGUCACUACAGCUAAACCCAGCCGGGGCUGGCGUAGCAACAGGGCAACCACUACUAUUCAGCAAUGUGAUGCAGAGAAUUCGCGGAGUUCCAGAUCAAAGACUGGGUCCCUGCAACUCAUCUGCAAGUCAGAACCAAAUACAGACCAGCUAGAAUUUGAAGUUACUGAAGAGCAUUCAUCUCCAACUAGAAUCAGUGAUGAAGAAGAAAUGCUCAUCAGUGAAGAAGAAGUUCCCUUCAAAGAUGAUCCCAGAGAUGAAACUUAUAAACCCCAUUUAGACAGGGAUGCUCCAAAGCAAAGGAAAAAAACUGGGAAGGGAAAAGAAGAAAAAGAGAAACAGAAGGAGAUUAAAGUGGAGGUGGAAGUUAAAGAAGAAAGUGAGUUUCGGGAAGAUGAGGAACCACCUAGGAAGAGAGGAAGGCGGAGAAAAGAUGACAAAAGCCCACGACUUCCUAAAAGAAGGAAGAAGCCUCCAAUACAGUAUGUACGUUGUGAAAUGGAAGGAUGUGGCACAGUUCUUGCACACCCUCGCUACCUACAGCAUCACAUCAAAUAUCAACAUCUGCUGAAAAAGAAAUAUGUAUGUCCUCAUCCCUCUUGUGGGCGACUUUUCCGGCUCCAGAAACAACUGUUGCGGCAUGCCAAACAUCACACAGAUCAAAGGGAUUACAUUUGUGAGUACUGUGCCCGUGCUUUCAAAAGUUCCCACAAUCUGGCAGUUCACCGAAUGAUCCACACAGGCGAGAAGCCAUUACAAUGUGAGAUCUGCGGAUUCACCUGCCGGCAGAAGGCCUCAUUAAACUGGCACAUGAAAAAACAUGAUGCAGACACCUUUUACCAGUUUUCAUGCAAUAUAUGUGGAAAGAAGUUUGAGAAAAAAGACAGCGUUGUAGCACAUAAAGCCAAGAGUCACCCAGAAGUGCUUAUUGCAGAAGCACUGGCAGCCAAUGCAGGGGCUCUCAUUACCAGCACUGACAUCUUGGGUUCUGAUCCAGAGUCUAUUGUCCAACCCACUGAUGGCCAGGGCCUUCCCCUUCUUCCAGAUCCCAUUGGAAACACCACUCCUGGAGAGUGCCUAUUGCUGAACCCUGAUGGGAUGCCUAAGGCAUACUGCAGUGGGGGUGACCGGGUCAACCUAAUGGCUGAUGGAAAAAUAUUUGUUGGCAGUGCUAGUGGUGAGAAUACAGAAGGGCUGGUCAUCAAUACAGAGAUUCUUGGAGCUACCACUGAAGUUCUAAUUGAGGAUUCUGAUUCUACAGGACCUUAGUGGGAGAGGAGCACAAGUGUAUUGGGACAACUUGAACUUGUAUUUAAAAGAAUAAAUGGGGAGAAACAACUUACUCAACAUAGAGAAACUAAAAAUAAAUAAAUAAAUAAAUUACUAGUCAGAUAACUAAAGGACCUGCCCCCCUUCUGCCCCAGCUCGCCCCUUUCUUCCAGAGUGGAUCACUACACUACAUGUUCUUUCACUGUUUCCUUCUUGGAGAGGAAUGUUGCCUUUACACAGAGAUUGACAGAGCAAAAGAAUUCUUGCAAUGCAGGGGAGGGAAGCAGCCAGAGCCUAUCCCUCUCCCAGCCCUCCCAAA